GACGGCCGUCGGCGGGUGGACCGAACCCGUUUUCUGGCUCAGUGUGUCAGUAGGCGAGAGAGCGGCAGCCUGACCCUCGGCGUCUGCUCACUCGCCAGUGGCUGCGCGGCCAUGAGCAGCGGCAGGCGCAUCCGGCCCGAGCGGUCCGCGGGCGCCCAGCGGCGCAACGUGCAGAAGCUCACCUGGCGAGACUCGCACUGGCUCCAGGGCUUCUCCGACGUCGACGAUCAGCGUGGUGGCCCGUCGGCCAGCCUGAGCGACAUGGGCGGAGGCGCGGCGCUACGCCGCGUGCUGUUGCUCUGCGAGCGGCAGCAGCACCGCGAGGCUGCCGCGCUGCUCUCGCGCCUCGCGCCGGCCGCCUUCCGCGCGCUGGUGGCUGAACUGCCGGUCGAGGUGCUGCUCGAGCAGCUGCCCGCGUCUCUGCCGCCCCUCGAGGCCCUGUACGCGCGCGCCGCCUUCCUGGAGGAACCCGCGACCGCGCUGCAGGCGCUCAAGCCCGACGCCCUCGUGCUCCAGAUGGUGCGCCUCUUCGCGCAGCAGCACGACGCCGACCGCGACGGAGCCUCGCCGUGGCUCGGACCACCCCAGAUGAUCACCUCUUGCAAGAAGCUUCUCAAGAUGAUUCUUCAGGCGGAUCCCCGAGCGCGGCAGCAGCUCCGCGGGCGCAAGCAGGCGCUGGACCGGGCGCUCGAGGGUCUCGGCCAGCAUGGCCUCGUCACCGCGGCCGGAGGCAGUGCUGAGGCUGCGGGCGAGGCACCUCUGCUUCACUUGGGCGAGGCGUUGCGUGGGCAGCUGGAGUCGCUGCUGUCACGCUGCAAGGUCGGCGCCCUGAGGCUGUCGGCCGGGCACGAGGCGGCACGCGUGUCGCUCAACCGCGGCCCGGCGCCCAGCACGGCGUCGCACCAGCGCCAGCUCAGCCUGCGCCGGGUUCAGGUCCAGGAGCGUCUCAUCCGCAACAAGACGCUGUUGGACGCCCUCGAACCGGCCGAGCAGGCUGCCAGGGGCCUCGAGACACUGCUCGCCGUGCUCAGGAGGAGAAUACAGCUCGACAAGGAGGCCCUCUGCCAGUUCACGCAGCUGCGCAAGGAGAUCGCCGAGGAGCUGGACGAGGCGGCCGUGUUGGCACCCGUGCUGCUGCGCUACUCGGCCGGCUGCCAGCGGGUGCUCGAGCUGAUGCGCGACGUGGACGAAGACGACUCGGACCUCUCGGCCGGAUACCACUCGGACUCGGACCAAUCAGGAGUGCCCAUGCAGCGAGCGGCGGGGCAGGGUUGCAAGGCUCCCUCGUCCAACUACAGUUCCAGCUCAAGCGCAAUAGGGACCGACGUCCAGUCGUCAUCGUCCGAGAGCGCAGCGGCCGAGGAACUUGCCGCGGCGCGCCAGACCAUCGCGACGCUACAGCAACGGCAGCGCGAGCUCCAGGACCGGCUGGCCAUCCAGGCGCAGAGGAUGGUGGCGCGCGGGGGUCGCUUCGAAAGCUCGGCUCAGGGCGAACAGAGGCCCUCGGCGCUGGUGCGACGCUACGGCAGCCUGUACGCGCAGGCGCGCGUCGACACGCUCGACGCCCUGGACUCCAUCCCGCAGCUGCGGGACGCCGACGAGCUCAAGAGCAAGCUCCUCUUCUCCGUGGUCGUGCUGGGCUUCCGGUCGGUGCAAAACAGCGUGAGCGAGAUGAAGGCCCAAGUGCGGCGUGCUCUGCAGAUCCCGGCGCAGCUGAGCAGCGACCCACGAGUUCUCGAGCUCGAUGCCAGCGUGGACGACUACCUGCGCGCCAACCCGGACGCGUGCGACGUGUCCCGGAAUGUCGAGGAAGUGUGCGCGCAGAUCUGGGCGACGCUGUACGACUACCCCUGCCUCAAGGGCUGCGCGGGCCUGACGCGAUACGUGUGCGACUGCGUGCGGCUCGCCUGGGCGCUCAGUGUCCACGGGUUCGCGCUCGAGUUCGAGACGCGUGCCUUUAGGCGGGAGCUGCACGUACGCUUUCACACUUCCGACCACCGGUCGGAGCGCAUUCGCACCUACCUCUGGCCGGCCCUGUUGCAAGCACCGCGGGGGCCCUGCGUCCACAAGGGCGUCGUCAUCACCUGAGCGGAGUCCGCAGGUUCGCCGGGCCGCAAGAGGAGCACGCCUCCCGCGUCGAGUUCUGACGACCGUCAAAAACACGGCUGGCCCAUGGUGCGAGACCGCCUUCGUGGGCGCCUACAUAAGGGGGCUCACUGCGUCACCAGCGGACCGGAGAAAACUCACCAUGGGCGCCCCCGAAUACUUGCCUGUGCUAUGUGAAGGACUUUUGUACAGAUUGUAUUGUCGAGAGUGCGUGCGUAAGGGAGUAAGAGUGCAAUAAUAUCCAUCUGCGUUGUUUUGACUAUCAAAUAGCGAGCGCGAAUUAAAGUUCGCAAAUUAACUUCCUACAUGUAUGUCUACGACGCUUUAACAAAGCCGUUAUAACGACUCGUUCAAAGCUAACUGGCGUGCAAGUCGGUCACGAUAGACUCUGAUCAGAAAAUGUUGAUGGGAGGUACGAGCAUAUAUUGUCUGCAGUCAGAUGAAUGUUGGUUCGCACAAGGCUUCGGUUUCAACGUUAUUAAGGCUCACUGUUGCAGCCGGAGAGUGUCACGUUAAUCAGUGACCAUCGGCAUACUUCUCAGCUUACCAAUAACGCUUGAGCGCUCGCACGUUGGCACCAAGAGCGCUUUGCAGUUGCGACGAGGUUUACGUAUGAUUCCAAUACCAUAAGUAUAAUGAAGUGUCCUGUAAUCAAGAACAGUGGUGUUCAAUUCAACGUUGUUGCUGCGCUAUGAUAAUUAAUGCGGAGAACGAGAAUUCAUAUCAAAAAAAAAAAAAAGGAACCCUGAAUGCGUACCAGCAAUACGUAAUGUCGUCAAAAACGGUUUAAACUAUUAUGCAGCGUCCGUCUAUAAAGGCCGUUACUUUAGAUCAUUAAGGCAAUGUGCUUCGACUAACGUGUCUUGAGCCAUAUAUAGUCAAUUGAGAUGUUGAGGAAGAAGAAGAAGACUUCAAUAAAUGACGACUCCAGAACUAGUCGUCUGUUUUUGUGGAGGUGGCACCGAAUAAAUCUUAAUACGUUAUACUGAGAGAAAGUUCUUUUAGGCUGCCUGACUGAGUAUGCUCACGUAUUCACACUUUAACUCAUUCGACUACCCUAAUUGUAAGAGCUGUCAAUGUAAAAUGCCAUGAAAGAAAAGUUUCAGAGGGUCCAUAAACACUCUUACGAGAUGAGGACACGAUUGGAGCUGUCGAGUUGUGUUAUAAAGAAUAAGGCAAUGCGAGAGGCCGACUUGCGCUAUAGAAUGUUCGGCUCGUUGAGUCUAAAUCGUUUGCUCUUGCUGCGUGCGAUGUGCACGAAUACCGGCGAGAAUUCGAGUCACACUCUGAUUAUUUCUCCGUGAACGUCUUUCUGCAUGUACUGCCGCUUUCCAACAGCUCCGUUGACGAGUCCAUCGAGCACGUCGAUGUUUCGUAAAAUGGUGUACGGAUAUCUAAUGCAUAAGGUUAGUCUGCCGAGCCUGUUCCCCGUGUCUGCCUUGCCUAGCCCUUCUCGUAUUUGGUGACUCGGAUGUAGAGCACACACGUUUCAACUCACGCUUGUCCUCUGAGACCUCCUCGUUAAAGGAGCGCCUCGUCGACGAGUCUUCUGCCGAUGUCGACGCUAGGCCUACAGCGUACACGUCAGACUUACUGCAGCUAUGCAUGUUGCGCGACACUGCCUCCACAGAAGAUACGGCGGACAAUGGCGCGCUCCCUCCGAGUCGGGACUUCCCCUUCUGCUGCGGAGAUUCCCCUCUCCUAAUCCGCGGCUGCAAGUUGCUGCGGCAGUUGUCGGCGUCAGUCAGUUCCGCUGGGAGAGGUAGCGUGCUUUCCGGACACGGAUUUUGUGGACGCCCGGCUGUGUGCGUUCGCCCCAGCCAAGUAGCGCUUUCGCGUGAAAAACCGCUACCAAGUGAAGCGUGGAUCCAAACUUCGUGUCGCUGUGUGCGCUGCUGUUCUCAUAUUUUGGCGAAAGCAGACGAGUUUUAUGAACUCAAGCUUUCCCAAACGAUGCCAAAAGGAAACCACUGCAUAAACAAGUAAUAUAGGAGGACAUUAUUAGCGUUCUAGCUUUGACUCGUUCGAUUGUCCUAACACGCCCGACCCGGCAUGCUGCAGAAACACGAACCAUAAAUGGCACGUCUUGUGUAGGGAACGUGCUCAACCUAGCGUGUGUUCGCUAAUGUCCAUUCAAUUCAUUGAACUUGUUUAUUUUUUUACAUGACAAGCGUGACUGUGCAUAUAUCACUCAGAAGUUGUUUUUUUUUUUCUUCUUCUUCUUAUGGUUUAUCAGCAGGAUCACUGUUCCUCUUAGCGUUGUGAAAAUUCUGUCCACAAUUUUCUUUUCUUUUGCUAACGUACAAGUCUAAAAAAAAGUUCUCCCUUUCCAGAAACGCAUGUGCUUCUUCUCGACUCACGAGGCUAAAAUAUUCGCGAUGGCCUUAAUUAAUGUCUAAACGCUCUACAUUUGGAAGAAAACGACAGUAUAAACAUUGUCAUGGCUUACAAAAAAUGCAGUCGUUAACGGCAACUCCACCUUACUGCGUUACUGCAAUCGUCCAGAUAUGUAAACGGCAAACUUGUAUGCAACAAAUACAUCUAAAUAAUCCCUUGUAAUUUGUUACAUAAUUUGACGUUUUUGUAAUUAAAUGGUUACACUUUUUACUCGGUAAAGCUCCUCUAAUUCAAUUACUUUUUUCAGUAAUUAAUUUCAUGUGCCCUAUUUCACUACUGACGAGUGUGUACAGGUGAAACAGCCAACGCAGCUUGUUGGGUCUCGAGAUGAGCUGCGCUCUCGGAACACACGGACACAAGUCACGCCGUCGUGCAACCAAACACAUGUACAUUUUAUUAACUGCUUUUACAACGGCGAGCUCGCCAGCCAAAUCUAAUACAUGACUAGUAACGCGCUAAAUAAUUAGAUACAUAACACCGCUACAACACACAGGCAACAUAACACACACAGAACAACAUAACACAAACAAUGUACCGCGAAUGCGGCGUCGCCGACGUUCGACUCACCACACGAGUCCGUGGGACCGAGCCGCGGUAUCGCCCCCACGGACCCCGCGCGAGAGACCACCAUCCAUGAACGCUGACAACCCCCCCUCCCCCCCCAAAAAAAAGGUUUCAGUGCUCAUUCACAAGCACCUGGAUAACCUUGCUACCCGCCAAGCGGCGCCACUGCGCCGAUGGAUGGAUGGAUGCUAUGAGCGUCCCCUUUAAAACGGGGCGGUGACAUGUCUGCCACCAGGCUCGAAGAAAAAAAAAAAAAGCUUUCUUGUUUCAUGUUGGCCUAAUACCUUAUCUGCAUUGAUUAAAUCUAUGUUAUUAUACCAAAAAAAUAUAAAUUCACGGUCCAUGCCUCUUAAGGCAGAAUGACCUUAUUUUUCCCCCAUUAUUUAUUUUUGUUCUUUAUCUCUACUUUUCUGCCACCAAUACUCUAACCGUCUCUUACUUAUUUCU